GCAAAAGUUUUGCAAACAACAUUAUAUGCACCUAUGUAUCUAAAAAUGCUGCCAAUUCCUCAGGUGUUUUUUUUUUUUUUAUAUAUAACCAUUUCAAACUAUUUACAGAACAAUCAGGUGUUCUGCAUCAAAUAAGAAGGCACACAAAUUAUUUAUGCAACUCCAAAAAAUACUUUCUGUUCACUAUAAGACAGAGGAGCACAUCACAAGCCUGAUACCUGCAGGCCUGAGACCGGAGACAGCAUUUACACUGCAAUGUGCCUUUGGUGGCUUUUUGGCAGCAUUUGUGACAUUCACUGGUACCCUCACUGACACACAAAACAAAACAAUGACUAACACACACUAACUAUUGACUCCAAACAUACUAGACAUUACAAAUCUUUCACGUCUCAAAACUCUCUCUCCAUUUUUUCACUCGCUCGCUCUCUCUCUCUCUGUCGCUGGUGUCACUCCUAAAACUUCUCCCUCUUCCUAAAUAACCAACUGCCACAUGUUGCAAUAUUAUUUUUUGAUUGGUUGACAUGGUACAUUUUAACACGCAUAGCAGAGAGUGCUUGCUAGGGCUGUCCUUAGAAAACGCAUUUUUUUUUCCUGCAGGAAAUGCGACAAUAGCAUUCAGGAAGAAACACAGCGUAUAUUUUUCAUAAUAACUCUGGUGUUUUGUGGCCUAUCAACACAAUUUGAAAACCAGUAAGUAGUUUGAAGUCUGCACUUUAACACAAAAUGAAAUGGAGACUCUGAGUCGCUGCAUCUUGUUGCUGUGUCGUCUUAAAUUGGUCAUGUGAUUUGUACGCACCGGCACAUCCAUCGACCCCAGAGGGUUAAACCAGUGCUGCCUUCCACUCUUUGCCAGUUCAUCCUGCUACAUUUGGUGUUCCUUCUGAUUCUCCUCCUGCCCUGUUACUCUCCAGCGCUGGUUCAGGUCGCUUCCACUUCUACAGUCUGUCUACAGCAAAGGUUUCAAUAUUCAUCCCGCUUACCUGCCUGCCCUCCUGCCCAUUGUGCCUCCCCUGGACCCCCUCUGGAAUCUCUGGAACAGGACCUGUGUUCAAUCCCUACAUAACACACUCCCACCAACUCCACCACAAUCAGUACUCAUCUUUAGACACUUCCUCACCUUCUUGUCCAGUAACCCCUCUCUCCUUUGUUGCAGAGUUGCUGCUCCAUCAUUCCCUCUGUUGCCCGUGACUAAUUAUUCUCCAGCAGCAAUCUCUGAUGAUCCCUUGCCCUGGCGAUGCUUCUCAUGUGAAGUUGUGUUGUGAUUCUGAGCUCAAGUUUAUGGACAUUUUAACAUGGAAGCUUUGAGUGACUGAUUCUGGAGCCAGAAUCAAGUGGCGAUGCAAGGAACUGCAGUUUGUGGCACUUCAGGCACAGAGCUUGUUGGUUAGUCUCCUGCUUGUAUCCAGGAUGGGGGCUGAUGUUUCAGUGGUAAACAUGAAUGAGAAACGAUCUGCAAAUUAAUAAAAGCACAGCACAGUUUCCUCAAACAGUCAGAGCAACUUCAGCACGCAGAUGAGAAGGCAGAAGGAUAGGAAGAUAAAAAAGUAUAAUUCAAGCUUUUCAAGUUUUUGAUCAUUAGACAUUAUCUGUCAUUCUCUUCUUUGAUUCCAGAUAUUGUGGUGUAUUAAUUCAAAGCUUUUUUAAAAAUCUUUUAUUACAUUUUACUAAAACGUGUAUCUAUGAAUCUAAAAGCUUUGUCUGAUGUGUGUUACCUGUUUCUUGGGUUUUGAUGUGUUUUGCAGAAACGAGCUGCUGUGGAUGGAGAACCUAACGAUGGUGACUCCUCUCAAACAGCCGAUUGUGUUUGAACUUGAAGGCUUUUAUAUACCUCCAGGGUUUGGCCCUUUGCUGUUUUUUCUGGCUCUGUUUACCUACAUGGUGGUGCUGCUGGGCAAUGGUGUCAUAGUGUAUGUGAUUGUUAUGGACAAGAACCUGCACAGACCCAUGUUUGUAAUGGUGUGCCACCUGCUAGUCUGUGAUCUUUUGGGGUCCACAGCUGUGCUGCCUGGUCUCAUGAUGCACUUCUUGAUGGGGCAGAAGAGGAUUGCAUACAUCCCAGCCAUUGCCCAGGCCUUUUCUGUGCACACAUAUGGGGUUGCAGUGCAGACUGUUCUGGGUGCGAUGGCCUACGACAGGUACAUUGCAGUGUGUGAACCUCUCAGGUAUCACGCCAUCAUGACCUCGGCUCGGCUGCACUCCUGCUGCGCCCUGGCCUGGUUCAUUGCUCUGGUGGUUAUUGCUGUGCUCUUUGGCUUCCACAUGAAUGUCCCAUUGUGUGGUCGAACCAUCCACCAUGUUUACUGCAGCAACCAGUCUAUCCUAAGCCUGGCCUGCAUUCCCACACCCGUCAGUAACAUCUAUGGAUUAUCUCUGACCUGGAUUGUCAACACAGGGAUCUUCCUUAUCAUUGCUUUUUCCUACAUCAGGAUACUGAGUGCUUCUCUGAGACAAAGCGGAGUUCACAGCAAGGCUUUUCAAACCUGUGCUUCUCACCUCCUCGUGUAUGUGCUCUACCAAAUAGCUGUAUUGAUCAUAGUUAUUAGUUACAGGUUUCCUUCAGCCUCCCAGAAUCUAAAAAAGUUUUUCAGCAUUCUGUUCAUCAUUGUUCCACCAGCCAUCAACCCCAUUAUCUAUGGGCUGGUCAGCAAAGAUUUACGCAGCAAUAUCAUUAAACAAUUCACUACACAAGUCUGCCACAAACACUGAUGAACUCAUGCUGUCAAAUAAUCCUCCGAAGAUGUAGGACAAAAAAGAUGUUAGAAAUUUGUUUUUUCACGUUGCUGAUUGUAAAUCAAACUAGACUAAACAUGAAUGGAGUUCACUGUGUAUCUCUGGCUCGAAAAGGAAUGCCAGGGCGAAAGACCCCCAUUCAGUGGAGAUCAACACAUUUGAAUCCUGGGUCAUUGCAUAUUGUUGCUUUUAUUAAUGUUGCUGUGCAUCUCCAUGAAUCUUUGUCUUGUGUCCUUAGUAACUCAGCAGCAUUUAUGCCAUUCUUUUAGAUUUUUGCUUUCACAUAAGGCUUGUUUAGCCUAUGAAGAAACCUCUUAAUCAGUUAGGGUUUCCGUUUAACCAAAUGCAUAUUUGCACAAACUGGAUGAUCAACUUUUGUGCUCUUAUGUGCAUUUUCGCGCUACAGUUAAUCUGAUGGAAGAUUUAAUUUGGGGUAUGCCAAAUAAAAUAAUAAUAUGGUGUAACCCUGACAGCAAAUGAGAUGGGAUGUUGUAUAAAAUGUGAAUAACAACAGAAUGUACUGAUGAACACAGCUGUUUCACAAGAGAACAGAGAAAACAAAUAAAAGCAUUUG